AUGUUAUACAAUUAUUUGAUUAUUGUUACUUUUAUCAUCAUCAAUCCAUCUUCUGCCUUUCUUCGAUUGGAAAACAUGACGGUGACACAUGGCGAGCAUGUGCAGUUUCGUUGUCAGUUUCCUCGAAAUUUUUCUCCAAAAGAAAACAUCAUUCAAUGGAAGAAACUACGUUUCAACGGCGACGAUGAUGAUUUAAUCAUUUCAAUCAACGGCAAAGUUCCCAAAAAUCUUGAAAAACUCUAUCAAACCGAUUUGACCAAUCAAUUCAGUGCGUUAGAUAUUUUCCAAGUCAAUCGUUAUGAUUCAACCACAUAUCUUUGCCAAUCAUUCGAAACUCAAACAAUCCUUUGUCAAUAUAAUCUCGUUGUACUUAUCAAACCUGACAUGCCAUCAUUAAUAAUUAACGAUGAAAAUAUUCAAGAAUAUCAAAUUAUCAGCCUGACAUGUUCUUCAUUCAAUGGAAAUCCUUCACCUCAAUACGCAUGGUAUCGCAACGGCACACUUCUCACUUCACUGAAUUCACAAGUAUCUCUGACAGAUAAUAGUUCAAUCUAUACAUUCAAUGUGAGUCGUUUUGACAAUCAAAUCAAAUAUGAAUGUCAAAUCAUGAAUCAAGCACUUGCGAUCCCACUUCGCGUGGAAAAAUAUUUACAUGUGAAAUAUCGUCCGUAUGUCAAAAUCGUUGCUGAACCAUUUUUAAUAUCUUCAAACAAUGAACGAAUCGUUGGCAUAGAAUCUCGUGAACAAAAAUUAACUUGUCAGAUAGAUGCUAAUCCGGCCGCAACGUCCGUCUACUGGACAAUCAACGGUACAAAUAUUGUUAGUCGCGAAAUCAAUGUUUACCUACCGCGAUUAACAUCAGACCAAAGUGGAAUUUAUACAUGUGUAGUCGAAAACGCUAUUGGCAAAGUAAAUCAAUCGAUCUAUCUCGAUGUUCAAUAUGCUCCUCGUGUACGUGCGGUUGAAUCGCGUUUAGUUGUCAAUCGUUCUGAUUCAGCUAGUCUCGCUUGUUACGUUGAUUCAAAUCCGUUACCGUAUGAAAUCAUUUGGUUCAAAAAUGGCUAUGAAAUCUUUCGACAAAACCAAUUAUCUGCUUUGCAAAUCGAUCAUGUCGAACGAAAUGAUUCGGGAUUGUACACAUGUGUAGUGUAUAAUCGACUACAAGACAAUUCGACUCAGAAUGGCUCGAGUAUGAUUGAAGUCAUCGUCCAAAGUCGACCAAUAUUAGAAACGACGUAUUCAAAGAUUGCCGCAGAAAUCGGCCAGUCAGUGACAUUGACAUGUCGAGUUUCCGGUGAACCCAAACCGAAAAUACUCUGGAAACGAAACGAACAGAAUCUUGAUUGCGACGAACUGAUUGACGAGAAAUGCUAUUUGAAAUUAACGAAAGUCGCCAACAAAGAUUUUGGUUCAUAUAAAUGUAUCGCUGAAAAUCUACUCGGAAAAGAAGAAUGGACGUAUACGAUCGUAUCAAGAGAUGAUGAUGAUGAUGACGAUGAAGCUCUUUUGAAUAGAACUAAUACAAAACUGUCUCAAAUUGUUAUUCUUUUCUCAUCGAUGUUUCACUUAGGUAAACCUGAAACACCUCACGACAUUCGAGUGUCGGAUAUAACAUCAUCGUCAUUUAAAAUACAUUUUUCACCUUCGUUUGACGGUGGUGGUGGACCACAACGAUUUAUAAUUGAAGUCAAUCUAUAUGACAAGAAUACUACAAUUAACUCGACAGUUAUUAACCAACAAUUACCAUUCAAUACAUACGAAUAUACAGUCAAAGGUCUCAAUGAAACCACUUCAUACAUGUUUCGAAUCAAGUCCAUGAAUAUCUACGGUGAAAGUCCAUGGAGUAUAGAAAUACCUGUUCAAACAACUGAACUGAUUCUUUCCUCAGAUGAUCUACCUCAAUUACAUGUUGUUUCUUACAAUUCCAAAGAGAAUUAUCUUCAUUUCGAUUAUUUGCCUGGUGAUGAUCGUUUACUGAAAAUGAAUAAUGAACAUUUGUGUUUGAAUAUUCGUCAAUCAAUGGAUGGAAAUAUCUACCUUCCUAUUAACCAGUGUCUCUCCAUACACAACAAUCGUGUCAAAUGGACGAUCGAGAAAACAUUUACUUAUUUAAAAUUAUCCAUUUGUUCGAAAAAGAAUCCGAAUAUAUGCGGACAAGAAAUCGAAAUGAAAGAAGAUUCAUUGAAUCGAAGUUCAGCACCGAUGAUCAUUGGUAUUGUUGUUACAACGUGUUUUCUUAUUUUAAUCAUCUUGAUCAUUAUUGGCAUAUUGUGUUGCCGAUGGAGAAAGAAACAAUUAACAUCAAAUGUAAAACGAACGAAUAAGUUUGGAAUCAAUGGGUUUGACAAAGGCGUUAAACCAAUCAUAUCUGAGCCACGUCUUCAGAAUCCUUAUAUGUUGUACAAUAAUACUAAUUCUCAUAUUUCUCCUUAUGAUUUCUCAACGAAUGAAUAUCAACAACGAAAACUAUCAGCUGAUAUUAUCGAUCGUGAUCAAGUCAAAGAUGAACUUUCUGUUCAUGAUGCAUGUUCUUCAUAUGGUACUGCGAAUCGUACAGCAACGAUUCGUGCUUCACCACAUUGGUUAAUCAAUAACGGCGGAAGUAGUUCACGAUCAGGAUCAAAUCCAUCAUCAGAAUUUAGUUGUUUGACUCAGAAUACAAAUAUUUUAUUUGGUACAAACGAACUCAAUACAAAUCAUACUCCACCUUCGGUCUCACACUAUGGUUUCCCAUCGUUAGCAUCAAUGUCUUUAAAAAACCAGCAGUUAAAUAAUGGUCAUUCAUCAAUGCGAUCGAUAUCAGUUGAUCAGCAGCAAUCCUCAAGUGGAAACUCCACGCCCAAUCGCAUGAAGAAACUCUUCUACGAAGUUGUUGUUUGA